UCCCUCCUUCUCCCUCUCCACUUCUAGAAAUACAGGAAGAGAGGUAAGGUGUUGCUGAGAGUAAGAGCAGAGUCGAGCAGAGCAGAGAAGGCAAUGGCGUCAUCGUCCCUCCUCCCCUCACUCAACCUAAAGCCUUCACCUCUCUCACAAAGGCUCAACAGUGGGGCAGGCAGCCUCCCCUCCCUCGCAAGGGCUCCCUCCUCCUUCAGGGUCGUAGCCAGUGGCGGCAAGAAGAUCAAGACCAACACUCCAUACGGAAUCAAUGGAGGUAUGAGUUUGAGGGACGGUCUGGAUGCAUCAGGAAGAAAGGGAAAGGGAAAGGGAGUCUACCAAUUUGUUGACAAGUAUGGUGCCAAUGUUGAUGGAUACAGUCCAAUCUUUUCACCAAAUGAAUGGUCACCAAGUGGCGACGUUUAUGCAGGAGGAGCCACAGGAUUAGCCAUAUGGGCCAUCACUCUUGGUGCACUUCUCUUGGGAGGAGCUCUUCUUGUCUACAACACUAGUGCUUUGGCUCCUUAAGCAUGCUUUCUUCUCCCAUGCCCACCUUUUGAUGCAAAUUACCAUGCUCAAUGUCUUUUGUCAUCACUUUAAGUGUAUGGUAUACAUUUAAGAUGAUAUCCUUUAGCUAGUUCCAUGUGUAUGCAUAUGUAAUUCCCGUGUAGUGCUAUAAAAUGGACUUGGUUGAUUA